AUGUCAACAAGCAAAGAGCAUAUAUUUGUAGUUGGCGCUAGUGGAGAUAUUGGAAGUGGUAUUGUUCGUGGUCUUGUUAAAAAAGAUGAAAUUCUUACUGGUUGUCUGACAAUCGUUGUUGGUACCUACUCAUCUGUUGAAGUGUACGAAAAGGCAAUCGAAGGACAUACUCGUCUUUUUCUUCUUGCUGUUGGCAAUUUAAAGAGACCAACAGAAAUGAGCGAAAUUAAAGAAACGUUUGGAAAAAUAGCCUAUGAAAAAGGUGUACGUCAAAUUGUUGAUCUUUCUUCAUGGACUGUUCGUUCGUUGGGAAGACAAGGUAUUAUUGGAUAUAUGCAUACAACAAGUGAAGAGAAAUUAUGGAAACUUGCCGAUGAACGACCGGAUGAACGUUCAUUGGUCGUAUUACGUCCAGGUGUAUUUAUGAGCAAUCAACUUAUGAGUGAUGUAAAUUCAGUCAAACAUUUAAAUAAGCUCGUUUCAUGUGGACCUCCUUCAUCGACAUUUGCGUGGAUUGAUACGAAAGAUAUUUCCGAUUGUUCUGUCGUUGUUCUAACGGAACCCGUCGAAAAACAUGAUCGGUGUGUUUACGAAAUGGGCGGUGAAUUUCUGACUCAGGAACAACGAGCAGCGAUUUUUAGCAAAGUUCUUGGUAGAUCCAUUACAUACGAACAACAACCAGUAGAAACGCUUUACAAGAUGUUCAUUGGUUUCGGCAUGCCUCAUUCACUUGCUUACGAUAUCGUUUCGUUUCCUAUUGAACCAGUAUCUGGACAUGUUACACCACAAUUAUCCAUUCUCAUUAAUAGGCCAUUGCGUACACUGGAAGAAUGGUUGCGAGAAAACGUAAAAGAAUUUCAAUAA